CCAAACUGGUUGACAUUUCUCCAUAUACUAACUACAUUAUUAUCUUCAAAUAAAAUAAAUAUUUUAUAUCCAUUCGUAAGCUAUAAAUCCGUAUAUGCGAAUUUUUAUCUUGGGAGCUCUAUUUAACAACAGCAUUUAAUUUACUUUGAUAUACCGUAGUACCAAGAACUCAAAACAAAAAUGUGGAAAGCCACAGCUGGAAUGCAAAUUCAAAACGCCAAUGCUGCGGAGGAUGACGACUGGGAAACUGAUCCAGACUUUGUAAAUGAUGUUAGCGAACAAGAACAAAGAUGGGGAUCUAAAACUAUAGAAGGCAGUGGGAGAACAGCUGGUGCUAUAGACAUGGAAAAGUUGCGCUCGGAAACGGAAAAGGCAGAUCAGGCUAAAAAACAAAAAGAAAUUGAAGAAAUUAAUCCCGGCUAUGGAUAUGGUGGUAAAUUUGGUGUUCAAACUGAUCGCAUGGAUAAAUCAGCUGUAGGCCAUGACUACCAGGGCAAAGUGGAAAAGCAUGCUUCCCAAAAAGAUUACGCCACAGGCUUCGGUGGAAAGUUUGGAGUACAAACUGAUCGUGUAGAUAAAGCAGCAGCGGGCUGGGAUCACAUAGAAAAGGUUGAAAAGCAUGGAUCACAAAAGGAUUAUUCCAAAGGCUUCGGUGGUAAAUUUGGAGUCGAAGAAGAUCGCAAAGACAAGUCAGCUGUUGGUUGGGAUCAUAUUGAGGCACCACAAAAACACGAAAGUCAAUUGGAUCAUAAAAUUGGUUUUGGUGGAAAAUUCGGCGUUCAAAAAGAUCGCAUGGAUAAGUCGGCGGUAGCUUACGAUGAUGGUGGCAAACAACAGGUUGGAACAAACUAUACCAAGACAAAGCCUGUUAUCGAAGGUGCCAAACCCUCGAACCUAAGAGCUAAAUUUGAAAAUUUGGCCAAAGUGUCCGAAGAAGAAAAUCGCAAAAGAGCUGAGGAGCAAAAACGAUUGCGUGAAGCUAAAGACAAACGUGAUCGGGAAGAAGCUGCAAAGAAGACGAUUGUCGAAAAUCAACCACUGCCUCAGGCCGAUGAAGCCAAACAACCACCACCCAAAGGGGCACGCUCAACCAUUGUAACAGGACGCGAGGGAGGCAUAGGCAAUGCCAUAAGUGCUUUUAACCAAAUGCAGUCACCCACCAAAGAAGAGCCGCCUGUCAUUCGCAAAGAACCCAUACACAUUCCAAGGGAGGAACCUAAGAGUGUAGCUAAAGCAGAGGUAGAAGAAGUUAAGCAACAGGUUGGGGAGCAACAAGUUGCACCUGCUGCUGUUGCUGCCCCACCGCCAGAUCUAAUACCUUGUAUAGAAAUAGAUACUGUGGCUACACCGCCCGAAGUACAAAGUCCCGAAACGGUUGAAACAGUUGCAGCGCCAGCAGCAGUUGAAGAACCAUUAUAUCAAAAUCAAUCGGAGGUUCACAGUUCCAUACCUGAAAAUUCUGCUCAACCAGCCGACCACGAAACACCAGUAUCUUAUGAAGGCGAUGUUAUUCCCGCAACUUCCGACAACUUGGCGGAUUACAUACAAGACACCCAGGUACACGCUAUUGCAUUGUAUGACUACCAGGCCAAUGAUGAAGAUGAAAUAUCCUUUGAUCCGGAUGAUAUUAUAACACACAUUGAGAGGAUCGAUGAAGGUUGGUGGCGUGGUUUGUGCAAAAAUCGUUACGGUCUCUUCCCAGCAAACUAUGUACAAGUUGUCAAUCAAUAAUCAAAACACUGACAUUGAUCACCCCCCAAACUAUGGAAUGUUAAAUGACAAUUGUUUUACUAUAUAUUUAAACUCAUAUAACUAAUAUAGCAUAUAUGUAUAUGAGAACAAGAUGAAAAAUUGUAUUGCCAAUCAAAAACAAAAGUAUUUUUUGUCACAAACCACAACGAUGAUGUAUUUUAAAUUAUUAUUUUUAUUUUAUUGUUUCCUUUUUUUGAGACAAAUUCUGGCAUUUGUAGUUUAAGAGUCCAUAAAAACAUUCGUAUUUGUUGUAUGUUUUAAACAUACCCAAACACUUUUUUUGUCCCAAUUUGUGUUUUAAAAAUACGUACUGCAAAAUCUACUGCAUUGAAAACAAAAAGCAUUAAGUAUACAUUGACAUUUAUAUAGUAUAACAUUAUCUUCAUUAUUUAGGAAAAACAAACUGUUACAAUCUUUUCAUUUUGGAAGUGUUUCUU